AUGGAAAUGAUGGAUGAUAAUCGGUUUACUACAGUUGUUCCAGAAAAUGCUUGCAAAAAUGACAUUAUAGAGGCUCUUCCCUUAACGGAACCAAACCUAAAGGAGAAUAUCAAUACUAGCAAUGCAUUCGAAUGCUUAAAUAUGAUUGAGUACCAUAGCAUGGAUGAUGGUAUAUUAAUAGAGCAUGUGGAGCCUGAUUUAUCUCCUCAUACAGCGUAA